UAUCCAAGUCAUCGGCGAGAAUUUACGACGGGUCAACAAAACCACGUGACCGCUCCCUUCAGCUCUCGGCGCCCCAUCCCGCCCUACCCAACCCACUCCCGUCAAACACACACUCGCCACCCCACCCCCAUAUUUGGACGGCGCAUACAAAGCUAAAAACCAAGUACAGUGCAUCGCCAUAAUUCACUAAUACUGUACAUCAUAAAUCGAUGAAAGUGCUAGCGUUCUAUCGGGACCACCGGGAAUCCUGCAAAUUAAGAUCCCCUGACAUUGAUCUAUAAGCGAAGUAAAACAACCUAAAUGAGCUCUUACUUUGUAAACUCGUUCUCAGGGCGCUACCCAAAUGGCCCCGACUAUCAACUGCUAAAUUAUGGUCCGGGCAGCGGUACAUUGGGGGUGUACAGGGAUCCUUCCACGGCCGCGCAUCACGCGACUGGUUCUUACGGCUAUGGCUACAAUGGAAUGGACUUGACGGUCGCCAGCCGGGGAGGUGGCAACACCAAUGCCUCAAAUACCGAAGGACACUUGGGAAGAGGUUCGGUCGUCGGGGACGCUCGGAGCUUUAGCCCCCUGGACAGCGAGAAGAGUUUCAGGCAGUCGUCCAGCUGUUCCAUCGCCUCACCCCUCUCGUCAACGAAUUGCGAAGACAGUAAGCAGAGUAGUCGGAGCUCGUCUCCCCUCUCGGAACAAACGGGAAGCGGGCUUCUUCGCUCCUUCAACCUGCCCUCACCAGCGUCCGGCGGCAGAGCGACGCAGCGGUUCACGGAGCUGAACGAGAGUGCGGCGGAAGCGGAUGAAAUGCAGCACGUCCACUCGGCCGAGGGCGAUCACCAAACACAAGCGGCGGAGAAACAAGAGGGCGGCAGGGCGGCCGGCUCAAACCCGGGCAGCGCGACGGGCAGCGAGUCUCCACAGAUAUUCCCCUGGAUGAGAAAGCUGCACAUUAGCCAUGAUAUGACGGGCCCCGACGGGAAACGUGCACGGACGGCGUACACCCGCUACCAGACACUCGAGCUGGAGAAGGAGUUUCACUUCAACCGCUAUCUGACGCGCAGGCGACGGAUUGAGAUCGCGCACACGCUUUGCCUCACCGAGCGGCAAAUUAAAAUCUGGUUCCAAAAUCGAAGGAUGAAAUGGAAGAAGGACAACAAACUGAAAAGCAUGAGUCUUGGCACUAGCGGCCCAGCCUUCCAACCUUAGGGAUUAACAUUAUUAGGUUCUUCAUUUAAAUUUUAACCGCUCCGCCCAUUAAGCCAUUUUUUGCAUCCAACCAGAGAGAAACUGAAGACAAAAACGUCAACAAUAUCAGAUACCAAGAGUGUAAAAAAAAAGAAGAAAAAAGCAAAGUAACUAGGAACCCCAAACGAGACUCCAAAUCAAUACUGCACAAAUAUAUGACACCUCAUUUGUGACCCGGUAUUAAUACAGCACUUUCAUCUUUCAUUACUUCUGAUGAUGGAGCUACUGCAUUUUAGGUUAAUGUCGAACUAUUCAUGUGGUACUUGGUAGAGCCAUCUUGUGUUGUGAUUUUUGGAGAACGAAUAUCCGCCUUUGAGGAAAGGCACACACACACAUACAUAAAAAAAAGCGCAACGAUAUCUCGUUUCCCGUACUUAUUCAUGAGUCUCAUAAUACCUGUUGCUUGGUGGAAAUUGGUUUUGCCGAUAGUACAUAUUAAAAAAAUGUUUAUUGUAAGUUAUUUGAGCCUCCGGAGGCUACUUCCCAAUAAACAUCCCCAAUGUUUUAAUGCCAGAAACUGCUCUGGAUUUUUUAGGGCUUGCUUAUCGUGUAAACUGGAUUUUUUUCUAACUUCCCGUUCUGUACCAUUUCAAGUGUAAGUGCAUAUUAUUGUCAUCGUGGGGUUUAUGUGUGUAAAGUGUAUUUUAAAUGUAUGGCUGUCGUGUAUUAAUAGCACCUGAUAAACCUGAUCCUUUUGA